ACACGGCCAGGGAUAAGUCGAGAUAUCCGCGUUAGUGUAAGCUCAGAACGGAAUCUGAUGUUAGCCGGACCCAGAGUGGUCAGGACGCCGACUAGCAUGCGUUCAUCUGGUAGCGCCCUCUCAGGAACACGAGAACAUGAAGAUCUAUAAUUCGGAAAGGCUCUAGUGGCUAACUGUAUAAUGACAGAAGGAUAUAAAAGGCUGUGAUAAGUCCUCCUUCUAAACCAUUCCCUCCUUUCGCCUAGUCACGGACCUCUCUGGUAGUUCCACUGCUACGCUCUACUUUUAUAGGACCUGAACCGCGAUGAGCCAAGAUUUCUUCACUCCCUCGAUCAUCCCAUGGUUCCGCGACCGCGCGGACGAUGUGAUACGCAAUAUCCUACAGGCAACAUUUCAGAAUAAUCCUGGGGUCGGAGACGAUAUCUUUCGCCCGGCCGAGGUGGUCGAUGAAACUUCCCAACAGGUCGUCCCGACUCCCGUUGAGCGACUUAUCCGCUGGGAUGAUCGACACCCGAACGAUGUGUUCUGGUUUGGGUUCCAGCCCUGGGUUACGCCGGAAGACGGAGAGUAUCCUACCACCGCAUUCGAUCUCGGCAGCUAUGUGGCAGAGGGGAGCUCCACGAGGAACUCAAUCUUUGUCGGCACCGCGAGGUACUACCGCAACGACGCCGGAAGGCUUGUGCGCUGGCAGCCGCGGAGGAGCGUGCGCUUCGAAUACGAGGUGUUCGCCUACGGCGGGAUCGAGGUCAACCACGUCCUCGGAACCGAGCACGAAUACGCCAACCAGCACGAGAUCGCGUUUCCCGGUGGGAUCCUGCCCCAGUUCAUCCGCAGCGCACGGGAAUUCCGGGACGGCAGGCUCCUCCGGAUAUGGGACAAUCCGCGCUUCGACAACCUCGCCAACCCGGCCGCCAGCACCCCGCCGCUCGACGCAUACCCAGCGCCCAUCCGGGGACUGCAGGUGCCCGUCAUCUUCUUCACCCAGCGCGACGGCGCCGUCGACCCAGACGUCGGAGGACGCCCCGACACACCGCCGCGUGACCCAUACGAAGACGGCGAGCUCCGGCGCAGGCGCCGCUCCACCGAUGAAGACGCGAUGCGCGAGGCUGGCGAUGCAGAGCCAGACGACAACUUGGAGGGGACCCCUGCCCCGCGCGCGAGCCGCGCCUGCAUGCUCCACCCAUCGGACGGCGGCCGCGCGUAUUUCUUCUAUUCCAAUCGGUACGUCGUCAUUGACGUGAACCCGGGGACGACGGGCGACACGAUUGCAUGGGGCCCACAGGCCCUCGUCGGCAAUUGGCCGUCGCUGCUGAGCGCGGGCUUUGGCAACAUCGAUGCGGUGCUGCCAAGCCCCAAUAACUCUCAGGAGAUGUACUUCUUCUGUUUGGAGGAAUACGCGCUAAUAGAUACGAUGCCCGGUUCCUCCGCUGAUUAUAUCAUCAAUGGUCCGAAGAACAUUGCUCAGGAAUGGCCCUCCUUGCGGGAGGCGGGCUUUACCACCGUGGAUGCAGUACUCCCGAACCCAGCAAACAAAGAAGAAGCGUACUUCUUCUCCGGCGACCAGUAUGUCUUGAUUAAUAUCCAACCAGGUGCGCUCAUCGUGCAAGAGUAUGCUCGUCCCCCGCUGUCGAUCGAGACUGAAGCUGUUGUGACAGGGACCAACGACGAUUAUAUCAUCAACGGGCCCAAGUCGAUCAGGGACAACUGGCCCUCGCUCGCGAGCGCAGGGUUCGACGUUGUCGACGCAGUGCUUCCCAACCCGGACAACUCGGACGAAGCGUACUUCUUCUCGGGCGAGAACUACGCACUCAUCAAUAUUCAGCCCGGGACGACCGACGAUUACAUCGUCAAUGGUCCGAAACUCGUUCGCACGGAGUGGCCGUCGCUGCACGAGGCGGAGUUCUGGUGA